UCUGUUCCCGCCGCGCCAUCAUACACUAUCGUUUCCACCACACUCUUCGCCUCUCACCACAUCUUUUCCUGCCACCGAUCAUGGAAGAAUUUAUCUACCAAAAUAUCGUCCCCUGGCUCCCCAAAGAUGCUCAGGAACUCUUGUUCAGCCCGCCAACGUUCUCAGAUCCCUCCUCAUUCUUGCCCCUUUUCCGACUCAUUAGCCCCUACGUCGGCUAUUUCAUCAUCUUUGUAGCUUUCAUCAUCGUUUGGUCCACAGUCUCCAGCAUAUUUGGCUACUUUUCUCGUUUCUUACGCAUCUCUUUACGCCUUGCCCCGCUGGUGGGGAUAGCUGCGUGGAUAAUGCAGGCUUCAGGACAGGGAAGCAUGGGAGAGUUGAUGGAGCUUGCCAAGCAAUGGUCAGGCCUGGCUCCUGCUGAUAAUGGUGCCAGGGGAGCUCAAGCGAGCCCGGGUAUUGCCUACCUGUCAAGCUUGUUCUCAGGAAAUCAGGAUGGUAGCAGUACUAGCAAAGGGAAGAAGAAGGCUACCCCUCGAUCGAAGUACUCCACUCGGUCUUCAACAAAAGAUAAGGCUUUCGGACAGCGCGGAGGAGCUUCGAAGCCUGCUCCAGAUAGUGGUGCCGACUUCAUCUCCUCUUUGCUCAGUUCUGCUGUCGGCAAUGGUGGCGAAGAACGCGCUGCUAGCUCAUGGCAAAAUAUGGUCCAAGAUUAUGUCAAGCAAUCUGUACUCAAGGCAUCACAUCUGGACUGGUUGUUCACCCCAUCAGAAAAGAAGGAUAUAAAGAAGCAAGCGGGGACGCGGUAAUGGGUAAAAUUUUGAGUCGUAUAGCAGCUGCUGAAAAGCGAAUCUGUACUAGGUUUGGUUCAUUGACUAGCUUUUAUACAUGGAACUUUUAGUGCACAUCCUGUGCCCCUAUGAGAUAGGGUGUGAGAGUAUUCGUCUGCGAUGUUUUGGCCAAAAGCACCUUCUCUUGAAACGGUUCUGUUUCCAACAGCCAGCUCAAAACAUCCAUAGGCUCGCUGACCACAAUUGAUGGAAUCUCGGCAUGACCACUCGAUCUCCUCCCAUGUUCUUGUUCAGCCUAUCACUAUAAAAGGCUAUUAAGAAAAUCACUGUCUAUCCAACAAUGAGUGACCUUGGGUCCAUUUAUUUCAAGUUCAAAGGUCAAAGGAGACCGAAUACAAGUAAAAAUCCACCCCCGCCUGGUCCAUGUCAUCACCACGUCAUCUAACAAUAGGCUUCAUGUUGCUGGUCUCAUUAGCAUGAAUGGUAUGAGAAAUAAGGGAGACGACCAUAAAUACGAUGGUAGAGCACCUGUCGUCAAUCUUGCGGAGGAUGAGAUUCGAGAAGUAAGGCUUUCGGAUUAAAAUCUCUGUGUCAGCACCGACUUUAAAGGAGUUUGGAGGGAGGAUAGAUGGUGUCCAUCGCUUGAUAUUGAGACUUAUUGGGACCCCCCAGAGAAGAGAAUGGAUCGUUUUCGACGUGAAGCAAAGGUGCUAUCAAAAAGCAGAUGCUCACAAACACCCUCAACAUGAUUUCUACUGCCAAUAUCAAAGUCAUACGGUCAAGGGAGAAGUCAAAGCAAGGUUCACGAGCUACAAAAGCAAGUGCUUACUGAUCUAUUAUUCGUUCUUCUCAUUGGGAUGGUGUCGUGGGUUAAGGGCCAGGUAGGCUGGUUAAGAAGUAGCAUCUGGUGAGGUAUUUGGGGUGGUUCAGCAUCUCGAGUACGAGCUACACUCCUUCUAUUUCUAUAUACACUAACAGGAUCACUAUUUAUGCUACUAGCUAUUAUGGUAAUUUAUUACAAUGUAGGUACAACAGAUUUUAAUGUACUAUCACUUAAUGAUUUUAGUGCUGGAGCUCAAAAGAAGAUUCUCCCUUAGGAAACUAAGACAAUUUGCAGCCAAGUUCAGUCGAGUAUUAAUACGACUGAAAAGGGCGCAGAUUGUCAAAGUGACGUUGGAUGAGGGUUCUCAUCGAAAAGCGAAGGUGUGGCGUGUUCUAGACAAGUAAAGAACCUAAAGGAACUGAAGUAUAGCUAGUGUACAACAUACGCUCUAAGUGUCUCAUUUUGUUACACAUCCAGCACAGUCCAUCGUCUAUCCAGAUCUAUCAAUAUUCACUCCGACCGUGUUCUCAAACAGAAGCAGUAUUUCUUCGAUCUAAAUGCAUCUC